AUGCCCACAACUCGGAGAUCAACAGGCGGCGCCCGAGCCCGACCGGGCCCGGCUCGGGGCCAGUCGACCAUCAGCUUCUCCCACAAGGUCUCCAAGCCCGUGCCCAAGGACCUGAAGAAGGCCGCCGUACUCACCUCCGCCGUCGAGAGGGCCCAGAAGAAGGAGGAAGAUGAGCAGGUCGAGGAGAUCCGGGUCGACGAGCCCGAGGCCGCCGAGGAGCCGGACGUCAAGGAAGCAGUCCCCGAGAAGUCGGAAGCCGUCGUCCGCGCUGAGAAGAUCAGCGAUGCGCAGAUUAACAAGUACUGGAAGUCCAUCGAGGCGGAGCGCAUCGCGCCCAGGGUUCACCAGAAGGACGUGACCGUGGCGGAGAAGGUGCUGCGCUACUUUGAUGUCAGCUCGCAGUAUGGUCCCUGUAUUGGUCUGCAGCGCAGGAAGCGCUGGGAGCGGGCCGAUCGGCUCGGCCUGAACCCGCCCGUCGAAGUGCUCGCGGUGUUGCUCAAGGAGGAGAAGAAGGGCACCGCCAAUGUUGAGCGAGCUCACAUGGACGAGCUCAUGAACUCGACAGCUGUCGGGUCUGUAUGA